GCUAAAUAUAUCCAAUUUUAUACACAAACGCACUUUCGGUAUUUCUGCUAUUAUUAGCUGCUUUUUCCAGAGGCUAGAUACUUCAACUUUGUCCAGUUACCUUACUUAAGUGUUUCAGUCGGUUAAAGUCAAAUACCUCAGCCAGAACACCCUGUGAUAACACAACCUAAGAUAACUAGCCUAUAUUACACAAAAACAAACUUUAAAUCGGGAUUAGCCGACGAUGUUUUUCGUUUUAAGUGGCACCAGCAAGGUCCGUUGCCAUAGCUACCCAGGAGAGAGGGCGAGACUGCUCACGUGACCCAGCAAGAUGGCGACCACAAUGCAGAAUGGAUGUGAAUGACUUAAACUAAGCGGGUCCGUCUUGGUGGAAAUUUGGAUCUGCUGGUUAAUUGUUCAUCAUCAUAUCAGAGAAUCAAGAUGGCCCUAAAUGUCUUUGAUCAUGAUGAAUACAGGCCACCAGUGUGGAAGUCUUACUUGUACCAGCUCCAGCAGGAGGCACCUCACCCACGCAGACUCACCUGCACCUGUGAGGUGGACAACAGACCUAAAUACUACGGGAGAGAGUACCAUGGGAUGAUCUCCAGAGAAGAGGCCGACCAGUUACUGAGUCAGGCCGAAGGCAGCUACCUCAUCAGAGAGAGUCAGAGACAGCCCGGCACGUACACACUGGCUCUAAGGUUUGGGAACCAGACGAGAAACUUCCGUCUCUACCAUGAUGGGAAGCAUUUUGUUGGAGAGAAGAGGUUUGAGUCCAUCCAUGACCUGGUCACAGACGGCCUCAUCACGCUCUACAUUGAGACAAAGGCGGCAGAGUACAUUGCUAAGAUGACCAUAAACCCCAUCUAUGAACAUGUGGGCUACACCACCCUGAACCAGGAGCCAACCCUGAAGAAACACCUGCCACACAGCCCCGAGGCCCCUGAUGGACCCGCUCCAGCCAAAGAUGACUGCAAUGCAGAGGAGAGGCUCACAUCACUGGUGCGGCGGGCCACCCUGAGGGAGAGCGACUUGGCGCCCAAGUACGAGAAGGUCCACAACUUCAAGGUUCAUACAUUCAGGGGCCCCCACUGGUGUGAGUACUGUGCCAACUUCAUGUGGGGUCUCAUCGCUCAGGGAGUUAAGUGUGCAGACUGUGGGUUGAAUGUCCAUAAGCAGUGCUCCAAAGUCGUGCCAAACGACUGCCAGCCAGACCUGCGGCACGUCAAGAAGGUGUACAGCUGUGACCUGACCACGCUGGUCAAAGCCCACAACACCAAGAGACCCAUGGUGGUUGAUAUGUGCAUACAGGAAAUCGAGGCCAGAGGUCUUCAGUCAGAGGGCUUGUACAGAAUAUCAGGCUUCAGUGAGCUGAUUGAAGAUGUCAAGCUGGCCUUUGACAGAGAUGGAGAAAAGGCUGACAUUUCCUCAAAUGCUUACGAGGACAUCAACAUCAUCACUGGAGCCCUCAAACUCUACUUCAGAGAGCUGCCUAUCCCCCUCAUCACAUAUGAUGCCUACCCACGCUUCAUAGAAACUGCAAAGAUUACAGACCCAGAAAAACGUCUGGAGUCUCUCCAUGAGGCCUUGAAGCUGCUGCCGCCAGCUCACUGCGAGACGCUGCGAUACCUCAUGGCUCACCUCAAGAGGGUGACCCAGUACGAGAAGGAGAACCUCAUGUCCAGCGAGAACCUGGGCAUCGUCUUCGGCCCGACACUGAUGAGGGCCCCCGAGCUGGACGCCAUGACGGCGCUCAAUGACAUCCGAUACCAGAGACUGGUGGUGGAAACACUCAUUACCAACGAAGACGUGUUGUUCUGAGAGGAAGGGAGGGAAACGAUCCUUCUGAAGAGGAGAGGAAGGACAGAGCGAUUGGGACGAUGCUCAUACAGUAUGUAUCAUUCUGUUGAUGGACUUUUGACAUGAAAAUGAAGGAGAAACAAGCAAGAUACAUGAGACUUGUGUCUUGGUAGACAUAAAGGGCACUGCCUGUUUCUGUGUGGAACAAUGAAGGAAGUGGCUGUUUGCAAAGAAGGAAUUUAAAAAAGCUGAGUGGAGACUCUUAAAACACACAGUGGCUUUGAAAAAAGAGGUGGAUGGAAGGAUGCAGUGUUUCCCUACAUUUUUAAUGUAAAACAUCAGAAAAACUUUUGUCAAACUCCCUCAACAAACUUGAAGCCAGAUUUGUGAUGUUAUAACUGUACAGAAACAAGAAUACAAGAAUACUUUUCCAGCCUUACUCUGUAGAAAUAAACAAUUAUCUGUCCUUAUGAGCUGGGAGAAAAGAGACAAGUGGCAUUACACCAACACUACUUGAUUUAUGUAGGGGAAACACUGUGUGAUCCAUCUUUAUAUUUCUAUCUUCUCUUUCUUAAAUGGAUGCCUUGACAUCUUUUAUUUUUAGUUUCUUCACCACACUGUGUUGGAGAAAGAAAGUCCACUACAUUGAAAACCUUGGGAUAGCAUUGUUAGCAUUUACCAUAGAAACCAGAUGAAACUCGUAGCCAAAAGCUAAUGAGAAGGUGUCACCUAGUGGUCACCAGUGGUUUCAGUGAAAAGUGCAAGAGUGAGCAAUGUUUUCCUCAAAUUCUGGUGGGAAGAAAUUGUGUUUACUUCAUCGUCCAUGGUGUCAAGGUGUCCAUUUAAUCCUCCUCAAGAGAAGAAGAAGAAGAAGCACUGACGUCAUAACAGUAGACAGCUGGAUGAAUGAAUGAAAGAAUGAAUGGAAAAAGUGAAUCACUCACCCAUAAUGCACACUCACUCCCUGCAGUGGAACUUAAGUGACUUGGACCUAUUGUGUUUUCAUUCCUUUCUUUACAUUUUUCUUUACUUUUGCUCCAUUAACUGAUGUGUAAUUAUACAGUAAUCCUACACUAACAACAUUGUAGUUUUUUUAGUUGCUAACAUAAAAAAUCAAUGCCCACUUACCCUUUUUCAUGUUGUACUUUGAGCUUUUGUUUAAGAAAUGUUUUCCAGUCUUGUUGCUGUGUAAUUACACCCAGUGAUGGAGCUGUAAAUUAACUGAUGAUAACGUUUUUUGCUUCUUUUUUUCAAUCCUGUGUUCUCUCACUUCUCUGCCUGCUUUGCCUCUGAGAGUGAAAACCUCUUGUAAAAUUAAAAUUCAGUGUCAUGCAGUCAAUUUAAAAGGAAGAGUUGGGAGAAUUUCAGCAGUGAGCACAUGUACAUUUUCUGAAAAUGUAGCCUGUUCCAGUACAAUGUGGGGGUUUUAAAUUCUCAUGUUUUCUCCAAAUUUGCAAAGUAUCUACACACUAAAAUAUUGCUACUACAUUGUACAACACUCAUUGCCUACAGCCUGAACACAUAAAAAUACAGUACAAAAUUGCACCAGAUUUUUUCCAAAUGUUUCUAAUCAACAAGAUAAAUCCAACAUAGACAACAUGCCUAGACAUAACACACACACACAGUAUUUACUAGUAUUUGUCUGGCAGCUUGUUUUCAUUUCUUCUCAGUGGCAGAUGGUGAAGAGAGGGACGCAUCAUAAGUGACUUGAUAUGUGAAUAUGUGAAACAGUGUUGUUUUUGCUUUGGUUUGUCUUUUUUAUAAAGCAGUAUUGUAGUUAAGCAGUGUUAUUAAGCAGAUUUUGCGCUCAAAAUUACUAAUUGACGUUCUUGAUCACUUGCCCCGAUGCAGUUUCAACAGAUUGAAACACACUCAUAAUAAAUUCAAGGCUUGUCUUCUUUAUUGGCUCGAACGGAGAUAAUUCAAAGACUCAAAGUGAGGAUGCACCAGUGCAAUCUGAUUAUUUGAAAAGUUAAUGUCAUGUCCCAUACUGAAAAUUGAAGCAAAGAAGUUAAAUAAAACAAAAACUCAUAAUGUUAAUUACUCAGCAUUAGUGUUUGCAAUUAAAGUGGUAUUGGUGCUUCCGUUCUGCGAUGUGCUGCCCAUAUCCAGGUGCAACCAUUCAAUAUAACUGUGAACUUGUGAGACAUAAUAAUGCUUACACAUAAGUAAAGGCCAGUUGGAGUUGUUUUAGUUUUACUCUCUGCCUUCUACAGACAGCAGAUUUUACCUAAAUAUAAGUCAUUGCCAUCAAAUGCCAUACACAUGAGUUUCUAUAGAUGUGUGAGGUUCAGGUACUGGCUAAACACUGAUGUGAUGAAAACAGGAUAAACUGUGGGACAAUGCUGGAAGUCAUCUGUAAUAUGAAGGAGCGUAUUUUCCAUGUUUUUUUUCUUUUAUUAAAACUAGUGCCAUUUGAGAGGAUGGAGGUGUAGAAUGGAUUUCUUCUGCAUGGACCUCCACCUUGAUUAACACACCCUCCUCAUUCAUUUCUACCCCCAUUUCUGUCGGGGGUCACUGAUUAAACUAUUCCUAAUGCGUUCUCAUUUGAAAGCAGUGACAACCCACCAGGUUUCAAGACCCAUUUCGCAAAGUAAAGACAGUUACACAGUUGAAACAAUCAAGCGCACCCAUGCUGGGUUGGGUGUAAUAUUGUGUAACAUCAGCAUUUUUCUAACAAAUCUUGCUUUUUUUCCCCCCCGUGUGUUCUUUAUUUUUACUGUUUUGUUGACUUUCUGUUCAUUCCUCCCAGGGUGAGAUGUAACCCUGCUGAUUUAACCAUGUACUUGCUGUCAUCAGACUAAUCCGAUUACAACUUGUGAGCCUUCAGUGAUCUGUGACACUUGUUUUGUUUUUUUGGCAUCAUGAAAUGUCAUUUUUUAUUACUGUCAUUGCUGUAAAGUAUUUUCUAUAUGGUUUAUGCAUGGUGAAAUUAAAUUAUUAAAUAUGGCUCUCAGUU